AUGCAGCAACAGACAGCGGAAACAACGAAUCUGGAAAAACCACAAGAAUGGCAUGAAAUUUUGAGUGAAUUCUUUUUGAAAAUCCAAAUGGUUGAAACAAAUAGGGCUUUCCAAAUGGAAUUGGUUGUUCUUUCUUCUGAACAUGAAAAACAAAUAGCAAAAUAUUUAGAUCGGUUAUUACAAGAAUUGACAUCAUGGAGAUCGAGAAUUGAGAUCGAUGAAUCAACAUCAUCUAUUAAGAGAAAGAAUGAUCAAGAGGAUGGACCACGGAUUGAAGAGAAUGAGAAUCCGGCAAAAAAAAUUCAAAAGUUAAUGGAUCCACAAAUUGUUCAAAUCAAGGCAACUAACUCGGAGAUCGAGCAGAAAAUCGAUACAUUCAUUAAUCACAAAAAGUCCGAGAUUAAUGAUAGUAAUCGGGCAGAAUUUUUGCGGAAAUCGAAUAAUCCCGAAGCAGAGAUCAACCGCAAUAUUCAAAUGAAGCUUGAUGUUGUAAACAAUGAAGAUGGUCCUUUAGCACGCUCAACGUUUUCGUCAUCACAUCAACGGAACGAAGGAAAUAAGACAUCAGCAACUUAUUUAUCUUCAGGUGUUGAGGAAAGAAUACAGAAUAUUGAAAAACAUUUGAAUGUACAAAUUGUUACACCGGUUCCUCUGGAUGUUUAUACGAGAAUAAAAAUUUUAGAAGAUAAAAUUAUGCAACUCGAAAGAGAAUACCCACCUUGGGCAGCUUUAAAUUUUAAUCAACCCAAUAGACAGCUGCCACCACCACCCGCUACGAUUAUUUCAAGAAACGUAAAUAAUGAAAUAAUUAGCAAUGUGACAUCAACAACAUUAGGAAAGAAAAUAGCACCGAAAAUUGCAGCAACACCCAUGUCUACUACUAAUUCAAUGGCUGAUGUAAGAACAAUUUUACCAGCCAAUUCAACACAACAAUUAUUUAAAUUAUCACGUACACCACGUCCGAUUAAACCAAAAGGGAGAGAACGCGGGCAAACAUCAUUAACACGAACAAUAAUGGAACAAUUAAGGCCAAUACAGUGUGUAGACAGUGAACAACAAAAAGAUGAUAGUAUAGUUCUUAAUGAGUCUACAGAGAAACCUUUUGUAAGUUCAUAG